CAUCUGGCGCAAGCAAACACCUACAAGCCAGCUUCACUGAUUCCUAUCAGAUACAAGAAGACUGGCACCCGAGGAGCGUUGAAAAUUCGACAUGUGGACGCUUGCGCACCUUCAGUUUGCCUGCAUCCGAGCAAUCGCUCAUACCUCGCUCUAUAUCCGGUCCUCACCCUGGCUAGCGCCCACAACUCAACCGGAUCACAUCAAGAACUACCCUUGUCGCCCGAAUCUUUAUGGCUGCCGCAUCUUCAUAUCAAAAAACUACAAAGACAAACAGAGUCUUCCCCUCGUGAUCCGAGCUCACGGUGGUGGCUUCAUCGUCAACUAUCCUGCAGCAGACGACGUCCUGGCGCGACAUCUUGCUGAUCAUGCCAAUUGCAUCGUAGUUAGUAUAGACUAUAGCAAAUCCCCUCAGAACAAGUUCCCCACUGCCUACGAGGAUGUCAUCGCUCAGUCGCUCGCCAUCAUCGAUGAUCCAGAGUUGCCUAUCGAUAAGUCAAAAGUUGUUCUCUGCGGCAGUUCAGCGGGAGGUAAUCUUACCCUCGGCGCGGCCCAAGACUCGGGGCUCCUAUCCAAGAUUUUGGGGGUUGUUUCAAUAUAUCCAGCCGUUGACUUCGACUCUGAUAGCGACACGAAGAUGGCAACUCGGCCAGAUCCUGAAGUACACGAUUUCAUAGGGAAGAGCUAUGACGAUAUUAUGAACCUGUACCUGGAUGAAGCUCAGAAACCACCCAUGCAGGAUGUACGCUUGAGCCCAACAUAUUUCGCUACGAGGGACAGCUUUCCACCGGAGCUUUUGCUCAUCGGAGCUGAGCACGACAUGUUCUGCCGCGAGGUCGAAGUCAUGGCUGACAAGCUUGCGGGCGACAAGGCAAAGGUGCCAUAUAAGGAGGGUUGGACAGCACCGGGAGUGCAAUACUACAAAGUGUUUGGUCAGCCACAUGCAUUCGAAGGCUUUCCCGCUAAGAAUCCUGAAGCGGAGAAGGCUAGAGUAGCUGCGAAAGAUGCUAUGUUUAGCACCAUUUCAGAGUGGCUGAAGACUACCUUCUCCAAAGUCGACAGCUACUAGCGCAGACUGACUAUCGGUUGGCGCCUGCGAUCUUUCUGAGGUCUCUGCUCACAGUAAGCGGGCGAGACUGCUGCAAGCAAAUAUUCAUAAUCACUGUGCAGCUAGUGCCGUCAGAGUCAGACAAUCGCUACAUAGUGACGCUUUGAACUGUCGAAAGACGAAGGCUGAGUGCAGCAAUCUCGACCUAGCAACACUGAGCCUGCUCUGCUCAAGUACGAGGGGGCUAGGCGGUUUUACCGAGAUGGCGUUCUCCUCAGCAGAUCAGAUUACACCCCCUCACCAGUUAUAUUGCAACUCCUUCGCCUUUUACUGCGGAGUGCAGCAUCAGGCUGGCC